AUGGCUCCCUCCACACCGUCAGCCUCAUGGCUCUCCUCCAUUCUGGCUCUGUGUGCCAUCCUGUGUCUGUCGGUGCCCACCCAAGCCCUCUACUUCUACAUGGAGGGACGCCAAACAAAGUGCUUUUUUGAGGAGCUCCCCAAGGACACGCUCGUCGUCGGCACCUUCUCCACUGCGGUCAUCAACCAACAGUCGACCACGUACACCGUGGACCCGGACCUGAAGAUGCUCAUCACCGUCGACGAGACCUUCGACAACGACCACCGCGUCGUGUCCAAGCGCGACUCCCACUCCGGCCGCUUCACCUUCUCCGCCGCCGACGCCGGCCAGCACCGCAUCUGCUUCACCCCCGAGACCAACGCCGCCUCCUCGGGCUGGUUCUCCGACGCCAAGGGCGCCGUCAAGGUCACCCUCGACAUGACCAUCGGCGAGACCAGCAAGAUCGAGACCGAAGACAAGGACAAGAUGCAGGACAUCGUGCAGAAGGUCAAGGAUCUCAAUGGCCGCUUGCAGGAUAUCCGUCGCGAGCAGGUGUUCCAGCGGGAACGUGAGGCCGAAUUCCGUGACCAGUCUGAGGCGACUAACUCCCGUGUCGUUCGCUGGACCCUCAUCCAGCUGGUUGUGCUCUCCGCCGCGUGCGCCUGGCAGCUCUCGCACCUGCGGUCGUUCUUCAUCAAGCAGAAGUUGACGUAA